AUGCCCGAAUUACGUCGUUCUGCUAGAGUUGCUUCCAAGCCAACAUCAUCCCCAACAAAGGAGACCCAAAUUGAGACACAGAUUGAGCCACCAGCUAAGAAGGCUCAAACUAGCUCAGUUAAAGAAUUGCAAGUGGGCGAUAAAAUUCCAGAUAUGAAAUUAUUAGACGAAGAAGAGAAUGAAAUUGACUUGUUAAAGGAGGCUGAAGCUAAUAAAUACGUUAUUAUUUUUGCUUAUCCAAAGGCAUCUACUCCGGGAUGCACCAGACAAGUUUGCGGCUUCCAAAAGAAUUUUGGCUUUUUACAGAAAUCGAAUGCUAAGGUUUAUGGAUUAUCAGCCGACCAGCCAAGUGCCCAGAAGAAUUUUGUCACCAAGCAAGGCUUGCAGUAUCCUUUAUUGUCAGAUCCAUCUAGAGAAUUGAUUGAAAUCUUAGGAGCUAAGAAGGAACCUACUGGUGUUAAGAGGUCCCAUUGGAUUUUCGUUGAUGGCCUUUUAAAAGUCAAGAAAAUCGCUAUCAGUCCUGAAGAAAGUUUCGAUAGUGCUAAGACUGACAUAGAAUCCUUCAUUGGAACUUCCUCCGAGGAUCAACAAGAAUCAAGCGAUCCAAAGCCAGAGGACUCAGAAUCGAAAGGCGCAGAACCCAACGGAUUAGAGUCGAAAGAUUCGGAAUCAAAAGACGCAUUGACUUCGAACGAAGAAGCUCAACCAGCUACAAGUAAGGGCUUGGAAGAUGAAUUAAAGGCCGAUUAA